AUGCAAGCAUUAAAUUUUAGGAAAUUAAAAGACAUGACAAUUUUCAUCACUGGAGCUAGCAGAGGUAUAGGAAAAGCUAUAGCUUUAAAAGCUGCUAAGGAUGGGGCCAACAUUGUAAUUGCUGCCAAAACGGCUGAACCUCAUCCGAAACUGCCAGGAACAAUAUUUACAGCUGCAAAAGAAGUUGAAGAUGCUGGUGGAAAAGCAUUGCCCUGUGUUGUCGAUGUCAGAGAUGAAGCACAAAUUACCAAAGCUGUUAAAGAUGCUGUUGCAAAAUUUGGUGGUAUCGAUAUUCUUAUUAAUAAUGCCAGUGCAAUUUCUUUGACACCUACUCUCGAGACUGAUUUAAAAAGAUAUGAUUUAAUGCAAAAUAUAAAUACAAGAGGAACUUUUUUAGUAUCUAAAGUAUGUUUACCUUAUUUAAAAAAGGGUAAAAAUCCACACAUAUUAAAUUUAAGUCCUCCUCUAAAUUUGAAUCCAAUGUGGUUUGAAAAUCAUUUGGCUUAUACAAUUGCUAAGUAUGGUAUGUCACUUUGUGUGCUUGGCAUGCACAAAGAAUUUCAAAAAGAUGGAAUAGCUGUCAAUGCUCUGUGGCCGAGAACAGCCAUAAUGACAGCUGCAAUAGAAAUGUUGACUGGACCAGACAGUGCAAAUCAUUCUAGAAAACCUGAAAUUGUUGCUGAUGCUGCCUACGCCAUUUUAACUAAAGAUUCGAAAACAGUUACUGGAAACUUUUUCAUCGAUGAUGAAGUUUUAAAAUCUGAAGGAAUCACAGAUUUUAAAAAUUAUGCCUGUAAUCCUGAUAAUGCUGAAAAUUUGAUGCCUGACUUUUUCCUCGGAGAUCCUCCAACAAAUUACGACCAAGCUCUUGUAGGCUCUGCAAAAAAACAAGAAGGUUCAGCUUCAGGUAGUGUAAAUUACGAAGAAAAAAUAGAACAUGUAUUUCAAGCUAUUAAAAGUAAUAUAAAUGAAGAUGUAGUUAGGAGAAUUCAAGCAGUUUUUCAAUUUAAUGUUAAAGGACCAUCCGAAGGAGUAUGGUACAUUGAUUUGAAAAACGGCAAAGGUCAAGCAGGUCGUGGAAAACCAUCGGUGCCUCCUGAUGCUACAUUAACCAUGAGUGCUAAAGAUUUUUUUGACCUAUUCUCAGGCAAAUUGAAGGCUACCGCAGCGUUUAUGAGUGGAAAGCUUAAAAUUUCGGGAAAAAUGCAAGAAGCCAUGAAGCUAGAAAAGUUAAUGAAUUCGUUAAAAUCUAAACUUUAA